GGUAUCCAUAGCAACAAUGUGUCAUUGUACAAUUUGAUCGAUAUCGCAUCAUAUUUUGUUCUCAAUUCGAUUUAACCACCUUUACAUGAUUUUUAUUCACAUUACGUUAUAGAAAAAAGCUGAAAAAUGCCAAAAGAAAACGAAAAAGACUUGGUUCCGGAAAAGGCUCUUUUAAGCCCUGAUCAUCCGCUGCUUGAACAAUUCCAGAAAUCAUUGAAGGAACAUCUUCUUAAUCAGAUAAAUCGUUUGAAAGAUGACAUCUUCGAAUACGAAACGGCAGCGAAAAAGAAGAACGUGGAAAGAGAAGAGCUUGGCGUUAGAGCGUAUGAAGCACAGCAAAUCGUAUGUGCUCAACAGAAAACGCUGGAAGGGAUCAUAUCCGACUUGAAGACUGUCACAGCUGCCAAAGAAGAAAUCGAAAAUGAGCUAGAGGAGGACAAGAAGAAGUUCAAACAGCUCAAAGAUAAGCUGAACUUGACGGAAAAGUCAAACAGAGAAUUGCAACAUGAAAUUGAAGGAGUAAACAUGCUUAUACAGCAAAUGGUUCAACUAGAGAACAAAAUAGAGUCGCAGAUAUCGGUGAAUAAGAGAGUAGCAGAGAAAACAAGGAAGGAUAUGUUGAAGGAAGCGGUGCAGAAAAGAGACCAGGAUAUGUUGAUUUAUCGAUUGUUUAAUGAGAUUUGGCGACUGGAGGGUGAAAUAGAAUCUCUGAACAUUCAAAUGAAGGCUAAAGAGCUGGAAAUGGACGAAUUACAACAAACGAUAGCUGUCGGUAACACAAACAUCGAAGCGUUGCAGACCGAGUAUCGAUGUUUGAUGCAUUCGUGGAACUCGGUCGUUGUUGCUAUAUCGAACAGAGAUAAAGGCUUAGAUUGCCUGACCGAAGAGUUGAACAAGCUGAAAGAAAAACACAAAACACUCCUGUACGAAUCCGACCAACUGAAGAAACUGCAGAAGAAAGAGUGCAACGAAAAUGAGAGGUACACGAUGAUCAAAAGUCGUAUCGAAUACGAUAUAAAGAAUUGCAAGACUCAAUAUGACGAAGAAACGGCGAAAAAAACUUCUCUGGACGCGACGAUGUACGAAUUGCAGACGGUGAUCGACCAAACUGAAAAGGAUAUCGAGAUAGCCAAUGACGAAAAUAAAAAAAAGGAGAUUUAUUUGACUUCGUUGGGGAAGGACUAUGCGAAGAUAAUGCAGAAGAAACACGAGCUGGAAGAGAGGAUCAUGAAGGAUCUUGAAAUGAGAAUGGCCAAUGAUAAGGUAGCAAGAAACAUGACGAAGAUCCUCGUCCAGAUGAGAGCGAAGAAAAAAGACGUGGAAAUCAUAAUGAACGAAACCGAGAACAGGAACAGCAUGCUGCAUUCUCAAAUCGAAUCGCAGAAAUUUUUGAACGACGAGCAGAACAGGAUGUUGAAAGAAGCGCAAAAUCAGCAAGCGGAGCUGACGAAAGAAGCUGAUCAGCUUCAAGCCGAGAUACAACGAUACGAGCUGCUGUUUAGGAAGAAGGAACGAGACGCCGACGUGCUGAACAGCAAACUGGAAAGAGCAGCAGCAAAACUGGAUCAAGAAUCGUCGCCUCAAGAGAUGGUGAUCGAAGAAUUGGAGAAACGCAUCGAAGAAUCUCAGGAGCGCAUAAAGAAGCUGCAAACGUUCUGGUUACGCGAACAGAAAAAUCUGUUGGGAGUGUCGAACGAACGUCAAGAACAGCUGCGGAAGAUCAAUUUGAUGAAAAAACAGCUGCUCAUUUUGGAACAGAAGAACAUCAAGAUCAACUUCGACAUCGAAUCUUAUAAAAAGCAAGAGGAGCAAGUGCAAAGGAAUAUUAGAACGCUUCAUAACAAGUCUGUCAUAUUUUGCGAAGCGCUUUACAAGAAACGAAACCACAAAGUAGAGCUGGACAGGAACAACGUACUUCUGCAGAAUCAAAUCGAUACGAAACUAAAGGAUGCUGAAUUGGCAAUGCUGCAAAUUACUUCUGACAUUGAAGAAAUCGAAGAAGAUAAGGUUACUCUCAGCAAGGAGCUGAUAGAGGUAAACAGAGAAGCCUUGGAAUGGGAUAAAAAAUUGCAACUAGCUAGAGAAGCGGUGAAUAGUUUGAAAGACGAGCAAAGUAAGGAGGGCGAAGUGGGCAACAUGCGUCAAGAGAUACACAAAAUGGAGGUGAUUCUGAGCGGUAUGAAACGAGCUCAGGAGAAGCUCAUCAAAGAUAUGGAGCAUUGCAUCGCCAGAAGAGACUCUAUUUAUAUGUCGUCGGAAGCUAAAAUAAAAAAGAAUAACGAGGACAAGACUAGAGUGACAUUCUUAAGAAAAUUGGACAAUCAGCGAAAUAAAAACAAACAGCUCGAAAACGAAAUCGAAUCUGGUGAGCUGAAAAUCAAAGAAAUAGACGAAAAGAAGAAGACAGUCGAGGAAGAGAUAGGAGAGGUGGAAAAACAGCUACAAAGUGUCAUACAAUAUCAUGGUUCUUUAAACCAAGAGUUGGAAGAAACGAAGACAAACCGCCAAUUCAACUUUGAACUGCUGGUAGCCCAACAGAAGAAGCUACAAAUCUACGAAAACCUGGCGAAAGGACGCACACCGUACACCAUAUACAGAAAAGACUCGCAAAUUGUUCCUGAAUAUAGCAAACAAAAAGAUCUGAACAACAGACUGGGACAAGUCGUCGACCAUUUGAUGACCGAUUUUCCAGAGAGGGUGCACGAGUUGACCAGGAUCAGUAACACUUUGAAGAUUGGAGCGCUUGCUAUCGUCAAUCUUUGAUGUGGAGUUUUUUCGCCUUUUUCUAACUUGUGUUAUUCGAAAAUAAAAAUAGAACUCGAAGUCGAA